UAGCCAGAUGGCAUGGAAGUAUUGCUAAUCUGCAUGCCAUAAUUCAUUUUGGCUAUGAGAAAGGCCUAGAAGAAAAAUAUUCUUUUUUUACUUUAUAGCCCUCUAAAUAUUCCAAGAGAAUUUGUCUAAUGCUUUUAACUAAAGGCUUUUUCUUCAGCACUAUAAGAACCAACACAGCCACAGAAUUCUUUCCAGGAAAGUCAAGGUGUUUCUCCUUUUUUUUUUUUUUUUUUUUAGUUUUGUGGUGUGUCUAGCCUGGAAUGACUAGUUGCAUUAAGCUUGAAGUUCAUACAGAAGAUCAUACUCCACAUAAAUGGUGUGUUGCAUUACGUGAAGGUGUGUUCAACAAUUUCCUGUCACAGGGAAAUCCAACUGUGCAUAAGGUAUUCGGUGAUGGCUCUCUGUUCAGUCCAUUGUUGUUCGGAAAAUUCUUUGACCCUUCUGACGCCUUUCCUCUCUGGGAAUUUGAGUCAGAUAUCUUGUUAGCUCAUCUCCGGAGCACCGGCCAGACUACCGUUGAUUGGUUUCAAACUGACCAAGCUUAUGUACUCAAAGCAGAACUACCAGGAGUUGGGAAAAAUCAUCAAGUGUUUGUGGAAAGUGGGAAGAUUGUGGAGAUAAGUGGGCAAUAUAAGCAGCAAAGAGAGUCGAAGACGAAGGAUUGGAGAAGUGAGAAUUGGUGGGAAUAUGGACAUGUGAGGAGGCUUGAGCUGCCAGAAGAUUCAGAUUGGAGAAAAUUAGAAGCAUAUGUGAGUAACGACAUACUUCUAGAGAUUAGAAUCCCCAGGAACCCUUCAGGUUGUGACGCUUCCCAAGGAAAUACUGGACAAGCCAAAAAUUCUGAAUCCAUGUAAUUAUCAGAUGGGUAAUACAAUACUUCUAAUUAAGAAAUUUUCAAGUUUUACA